UGGGUAAGAGGAAGCGCGAGGGCCGGCCCGCUCCCCCCCACGUGUCCGCUGAGUUUCUCCACUAGCAACAUGGCCGCUGCCUGAGCCCGCAUCCCGGCUGCCGUCGCUUCUGUAGACCUCUGGUAUCUACACCCUUGGCGCCGCCCGCGAGCGGUCUCCGCGGCGUGAUCGAGUCUAAGGACUGCACGGCUGGCUCCUCCUAGUAUGGCCAAUGAAGAAGAUGAUCCAGUUGUACAGGAGAUUGAUGUGUACUUGGCCAAAAGUCUGGCAGAGAAGCUCUAUCUGUUUCAGUACCCUGUGCGUCCAGCCUCGAUGACCUACGAUGACAUUCCACACCUGUCUGCCAAGAUCAAGCCCAAGCAGCAGAAGGUAGAGAUUGAGAUGGCCAUCGACACCCUGAAUCCCAACUAUUGCCGCAGCAAAGGGGAGCAGAUCGCAUUGAACGUGGAUGGCGCCUGUGCUGAUGAGACCAGCACGUACUCCACGAAACUGAUGGACAAGCAGACCUUCUGCUCUUCCCAGACCACCAGUAACACAUCCCGCUAUGCAGCUGCACUGUACAGGCAAGGUGAGCUCCAUCUGACGCCUUUACAUGGCAUCCUACAGCUGCGGCCCAGCUUCUCCUACCUGGAUAAGGCUGAUGCCAAGCACCGUGAGAGGGAAGCAGCCAAUGAGGCAGGGGACUCUUCACAGGAUGAGGCGGAGGAAGAUGUGAAGCAAAUCACGGUGCGGUUCUCCCGGCCGGAGUCAGAGCAGGCCCGCCAGCGCCGUGUGCAGUCUUACGAGUUCCUGCAGAAGAAGCAUGCGGAGGAGCCCUGGGUGCACCUGCACUACCAUGGCCUGAGGGACAGCCGCUCAGAGCAUGAGCGCCAGUAUUUGUUGUGCCAGGGCUCGAGUGGGGUGGAGAACACAGAGCUCAUCAAGUCACCCAGCGAGUACCUCAUGAUGCUGAUGCCACCCAGCCAAGAAGAGGAGAAAGACAAACCCGUGGCCCCCAGCAACGUGCUUUCCAUGGCCCAGCUGCGUACGCUGCCCUUGGCUGACCAGAUCAAGAUAUUGAUGAAAAAUGUGAAGGUCAUGCCUUUUGCCAAUUUGAUGAGCCUUCUGGGCCCCUCCGUGGAUUCUGUGGCUGUUCUACGUGGCAUUCAGAAGGUGGCAAUGUUAGUCCAAGGAAACUGGGUGGUGAAGAGUGACAUCCUGUACCCUAAGGACUCGUCCAGUCCUCAUAGCGGCGUGCCUGCUGAGGUGCUCUGUAGGGGCCGAGAUUUUGUUAUGUGGAAGUUCACGAAGAGUCGCUGGGUGGUAAGGAAAGAGGUGGCAACAGUGACCAAACUCUGUGCCGAGGACGUGAAGGACUUUCUGGAGCACAUGGCCCUUGUGAGGAUCAACAAAGGCUGGGAGUUCAUACUGCCUUACGACGGGGAGUUCAUCAAGAAGCACCCAGAUGUGGUCCAGAGGCAGCACUUGCUGUGGAUGGGCAUUCAGGCUAAAUUAGAAAAGGUGUAUAAUCUUGUAAAGGAGACAUUGCCAAAGAAGCCGGAUGGACAAUCAGGGCCUGCAGGGCUAGUAUCAGGGGACCAGCGGAUAGAAGCAGCCAAGACCAAGGCUCAGCAGAACCACACCUUCCUGGAGCGGGAGCUGCAGCGGCGGAAGGAACAGCUCCAGGCAUCCACAGUCCUGCCCAGUGUGCACAUCAAAGAGGAGCCCCUGAGUGAGGAGGGAGAGGAGGAGGAUGAGCAGGAAGCAGAGGAGGAGGAGGAACCCAUGGACACUGCACCCAGUGGUAGUCUCAACAGGCUGACCAAUGGGCUGCCUGCCGGGCAGGCAGGAGGUGGGGACAGCUUCAAUGGGCACCCACCCCCAGGGUGUGCCAGCACCCCUGUGGCUCGGGAACUGAGGGCCUUUGUGGAGGCCACCUUUCAGAGCCAGUUUGUGCUCACACUGAGUGAACUGAAGCGCCUCUUCAACCAACACGUGGCCAGCCUGCCCCGUGGCCACGUGCUCUUUAGUGGCAUCUCGGACCACAUGCUACAGGACACGGUGCUGGCCGCUGGCUGCAAGCAGAUACUCGUGCCUUUUCCCCGACAGACUGCUGCUUCCCCUAAUGAGCAGAAGGUAUUUGCCCUCUGGGAGUCUGGAGACAUGAGUGAUCAGCAUCGACAGGUUUUGUUUGAAAUUUUUUCCAAAAAUUACCGAGUACGCCGUAACAUGAUCCAGUCCCGUUUGACUCAAGAGUGUGGAGAAGAUCUAAGCAAACAGGAGGUGGAUAAAGUGCUAAAGGACUGCUGUGUAAGCUAUGGUGGAAUGUGGUACCUUAAAGGGACAGUACGGUCUUGACGACACUGGCAAACCACUAACAGUAAACCCAAAGCCAAGGCGAGGAUGGCACAGCCAGAAGUCCGAGUCUUGACUUGCUUGAGAAGACACAGAGCAAGAGGAACUGCACAGCUCAGGGCCUGUGGCACUGCAUGGUCCAGGAGACAGAGGGGAUCCUACACAGCUGGUGGCACUGCCAGCUUAUGUGAGAUCUCUCCUAGAGAGACCGGCCGGACCUUCUUCGCAGUACAAUUGGAAAUUCCUGGUGUAUUUUGCUUAUUAAUUGGUUUCAUUCUCAUAAUAAAGAGUACACUGAUGUGGGAAGGAUGAUGAAAAUCAUGGUUUAAUAUUUUCCUUUUUAAACAAUGCCAACAAAGUCAAAGUUUAUGUUUACAAGAUGAAGAAAACCUCAAGGUUUUUAAUAUUUAAAAUGCCUAAAAGCCAAUAUUUAGUCUUAGAUCAUCUGUUUGCUAAGACUUCUGCCAAUUUCAUUAAACCAAAUUGAAUUGUUUUACAGUCGGUCUCUGUGGCCACUUUACAACAACCUACUUUAUGUAGCAGUCCCAACUGUUUACAUGAACCGUGGCAAAAAAAUUAGAAUCAAAUCCAUCUGCUCUUGAUUUGCAUAAAGAUGUAAGCAAAACCAGGUAAGUAUAGAACAAUGUAUAAAUGAGGUUAUCAAACUUUGAUGUACAAAAUUUAUAUUUUGUGUAUUUUUAAAAUAAAUGCUAACACUAACCUGGCAA